CCAAGCGUCCGUAUCCCCGAAGGACUCCGCUGAACCCCGGCUCCUAUCGCGCAUCAAUAUAUGGUGGUGUAACCCAAUUCCAAUUCCGUAGGCAUCGCACAGAAACCAUGUCGAACGCCCAGACCUCAUCGUCGACUUCGCCCUCCGCAUCGCUCUUCGCCAGGCUGAACACCACGGACGAACUGCAGAAGGUCUUCGACCGCUACGAUGCCAACGGCGAUGGCAAGAUCUCCGCAUCCGAGCUCGCCGGCGUCAUCCGCGCUCUCGGGGCCGACGCCCCCCCCGCGGAGGUCCGCGACAUGAUCGCCGAGAUGGACGCCGACGGCGACGGAUUCGUCGACCUCCACGAGUUCGCAGACUUUCACCGCCGCAGGGUCGACGACGCCGCCGCCGAGAGAGCGUUGAGGGAGGCGUUCGACGUGUACGACCUGGACGGCAACGGGCUGAUCUCGGCGGAGGAGCUCCAUCGGGUUAUGAACCGCCUCGGGGAGAAGUGCUCCGUCAAGGACUGCUCCCGGAUGAUCCGGCCCGUGGAUGCCGACGGCGAUGGCAACGUCAACUUCGAGGAGUUCAAGAAGAUGAUGGCCAACGGCGUCGGCGUCGGCCGCGAAUCCUCCGCGUCCGAUCCCAAUGGCCCGUCAAGUUCCGCCGUCUGAUCCGUGGUCUACUGCGGCCGGACUAACGAUUUCUGAGACUGUGUUGGGCGUUAGGGUUUGUAAAAGAUUUGUUAGGGUUUAGUAUUUUUUGAUUUCAAUCGCGUAGGAAUUGUUGCAUUCUAUACUUUGUCUUGUGGUCUCUCCGUAUCACAGUCAUGCUAGUAGUUUGUUUUAUUUGAAUUUUAUGGAGGAAUUUUUCUCUGUCA